AAGGCGGCGGACACAUACACAGAGCCAAACAUCGCAGCAACCGAGCAGCCGGACAGGACAGGUCUUUCGAGAGGAGUUUGCUAGUGGCCAGACCAGUAUCACUCUAAUCAGUCUUGAGAUAUCUUGCAAAAAGAACAGUUGAAUUUUUCGUCGAGGAUCGCCAGGAACCAUCAAAGUCAAACGAAAAUGUUCAAGCCACAUCUUGAGAUGAUCGGUAGCUACGAGCCAAUCAGCAAGAAGGCUCGGUUCUUCAAUAACUACCUGAAAUCCCUGAAGGGAUCCCAGGACAUCGUUGCCAAGGAGAAGCGCAACUACAGCUCCACCUACGAACCCACCAGCAUCUACUCCGAUUCGCAGUUUGCCGUCGAACGCAUCCGGGCUCCCGGUUACCACUACAACCCGGUCAGCAAGGAUACCUACGGUGUCACCCCCAGGAAGAUCAACGCACGCGACUUUGCCGUAAGUCGCUAAGAUGUGCGGUUGUAUUUUGAAUCACAUUCGACUUAUCUUAAAAGAUUUCGAACUACAAAUGACUUUAUUUGGCGACCUCCCUCUCACACACAAACACACACACACACACACACACACAUAGGCAUUGAUCUGCUCGAACAUCAGCAGUCAAUUACGAACGCAAAACGGAAACUGCGACGCGGUUCCAAUCGGUAGUUUUUUUUUGCGAAAACAUUCAAUCGAUCAACUGUUCUGAACAACAAAUCGAAACAAAUAAAACACAUAAACACUCACACCAACUUACAACGGAAGAAAAUUCCUCCCGUGAGACACAACAACAAAGGAAACCAACAACAACAUUAAAUGAAUAAUUACGAAAACGAUAAUAGCAAACGUGGAAACUCCUCUCCAAGAAAAUGAAUUAUAACAACAACAACAACAACAUUUUAUGGCGACAACUGAAAACAUCGAAAAAAAAAAUCAUGGUAUAGAAAUGAUAAACAACAACAACAAAAAAGUACAUCAGAUAAAAGUAACAUCAAAUAGAAGAUACGCAGGAUAAAAAUAAAGAAAUAUUUUAAUGAAAAUUUGAAAAAAAAAAAACAUAUUAACUAACCAAUAAUAUUUAAGUUAGAUCAGAGAAAAUGUGAACAGAGUUUAACUAGAAGAAGAAGAAAAAACCAGAACCAGAAGUGGAUGAUAUAUAAGAAACCUCUAUUUUUCUUUUCAUUUAUUUUACGUGUACUAUUAGUGUUUUAUUUGUAAUCAAGGCUGUAACUAUGACAAAAACGAGUUAAAUAAAGAAAACCACCUAAAAACGGGA